AAAAAAAAACCCAUUCUGGUUUUAUUGAGGUGAGAAGAGUGGUUUUGAACGCUUUCUAAGGGCGAAGGGGGAAAGUGUGUUUUGUUGGUGGCUCCAUCAAAACUCAACUGAACUGAACUUCAAUCCAACUUCAGUAGAAUUUAUAUACACAUUUUAGAUGGAUUCGGUGCUUAUUGGAUCUUUUCCUAAUGUCUCUUCAAUUACGGCUGGUGGAAAUUUCUGGAGUAGUAAUAAAAAUUAUGCCAAGAAUUACUAUGCAGGUUCUUAUGCACCAAAAGCUUCAUUGCACAAAAGGAAAAUCCAAAAGGAAUGUAAUUUUUUGAGGUUUAGGCUGCAAAGUUUGAACCUUUUUUACAAAGGCAUUGAGGGAGUGUCUGCAUGUCAAGAAUGCAAUAGAAGAUAUGUUGUGAAAGCGGCCUCUGGACAAUCUUUUGAAUCUGAACCUCGAGCUUUUGAUCCAAAAAGCAUUUGGGAUUCUGUCAAGCAUUCUUUGGAUGCUUUCUACAGGUUUUCCAGGCCGCACACAGUUAUUGGCACAGCAUUAAGCAUAAUUUCUGUCUCUCUCCUUGCAGUGGAGAAAAUUUCAGAUUUAUCUCCACUAUUUUUUACUGGUGUGCUGCAGGCUGUGGUAGCUGCCCUGUUUAUGAAUAUUUAUAUCGUUGGUUUGAAUCAAUUGUCUGAUGUUGAAAUAGACAAGAUAAACAAGCCAUAUCUUCCAUUAGCAUCUGGGGAAUAUUCCUUUGGAACUGGUGUCCUUAUUGUUGCAUCUUUUUCAAUUCUGAGUUUUUGGCUUGGCUGGGUUGUAGGUUCAUGGCCAUUAUUUUGGGCUCUUUUUGUCAGUUUUGCGCUAGGAACUGCUUAUUCAAUCAAUGUGCCCCUGCUUAGAUGGAAAAGAUUUGCAGUGCUUGCAGCGAUGUGCAUUCUAGCUGUUCGGGCAGUAGUGGUUCAACUUGCAUUUUUCCUUCACAUGCAGACUUAUGUGUACAAGAGGCCGGCUGUCUUUUCAAGACCCCUGAUUUUUGCUACUGCAUUCAUGAGCUUCUUCUCUGUAGUUAUAGCAUUGUUCAAGGAUAUACCUGACAUUGAAGGAGAUAAAAUAUUUGGCAUCCAAUCUUUUUCAGUACGUUUAGGUCAGAAGCGGGUAUUCUGGAUUUGUGUUUCUCUUCUUGAAAUGGCUUAUGGAAUCGCCCUCCUGGUGGGAGCAGCAUCUCCUUGCCUUUGGAGCAAAAUUGUUGCGGGUCUGGGACAUGCUGUUCUGGCUUCAGUUCUCUGGUAUCGUGCCAAAUCUGUAGAUUUGAGAAGCAAAGCUUCCAUAACAUCCUUCUAUAUGUUUAUCUGGAAGCUAUUUUACGCAGAGUACUUGCUCAUACCUUUAGUUAAAUGAGAAUGAAGCGGCAUUGUUGACUUAAGAAUUAGUUUUGGUUAAAUGGUGCUGGCUUUGUCGCAGGCCAGCUUUGUGUCUCAACAUUAGUUUUAAGUUUUUAAUUGGCAAUUGUAAAUGAAGAAUUAUUUCUUUUCGGUAUUUCUAUCUUUAUUUUAAUUGUUUACUGCUAUUUUUUAUGGAUAAUGUUAUAUAUAUUUUAAAUUUC